CCCUUACGAAAGUCUUCAAUGACGGGAGAAGGGAAAAGGAAGCAAUUCUGAAAGGGCUAUGUGCUUUUAUGACGGAAACGGCACCGAACUCGGGACCGAAAAGAAGAAGAAAAAAAUGGACAGAAAAAAGAGGGCAGGCGUUUUUCUUUCCAACUUUUUUUUGUCGCUCUGCUCUGAAACUUAAAUGCUUCUAUCACGGCAAUGAGGUUAGGCGUGUUAGAGAUAUGAAAUUCCCCCCCAAUUUUCCUCAAAAGACACAUCCCACUUUUUCUCUCAAUGAAGGCUUUCACACAGGGUGAAUGAUUUUCCGCAUAACCAUUGAUUGAAAAUUUUACUGGAUGACAUAUGAUGCCAUUCAUUCUUCUCGGAUGCUCAUUGUCUUCUUGCUCUGCCUCCUGCCUGCCCUAUCAAACGGCAGUUGCAUGGUGUGCAUCUCGGCCUGCUGGCUUCGUCUAUUCUGGAAUUUGCCUUCUUUUGGUUCCUUUCAGAUGGCGAGUCAGUCUUUCCCUCUUCUCUCCUCUUCCCCUUGGGAUGUCUUGUCUUGUUUGGCAAUCUCCCUCGAGGAUUCGUCUUCUUUCCUGGAUUAGUGCUAGAGGCAUGGGCAUUGUGACCCGGCUCUGUGUUUCCAGUCUGGAUGUAGAUCGACCGUAGCUGUAGGGUCGUAGCAGACGCGAAUUGAUCGGAUCUUGAACUCUAGACUUCUUUACCCCAGACGGCACUAGUCCAAAAGCGCCUUGACCUUGAUGCUUAAUCUCAUGCCCCGGUCGAUCAUACCGGCCUUGCUAUCUCUGGGUCUAAUGUCCCAUGUUUAUUUCCUUUCACCAACCAUCCGGGGGUUACUGCUGACCUGGAACCCGUCCUCUGGACAAACACCCUAUCUAGGCCUUGGCCAAGACUGAACGAGAGAAGCCAUGAACCUCUUGAGCCGAACACUGAUCUCAUGAGAAUACACUAUGACUGCGAU